CCCAACGUUUUGACGUUAAUAAACAAACGAAACUUGACAAUGAAUUUGAAACCCAAACGAUAUUAUUUCGUCGCUCUCUUCCUACUUUCCACCCCAACGAGCUUGUGUCACCCCCCUUCGACGAACUCAAUUCUGCUCUCUUUGAAAGACAACGUUAGCGGCGAGACGACAAGUCCCAAAUAUCAUAUCAGUGGAGAAGAUGCUGAGAGGCGACAUUUACAAUCAAGCAGCUUGCUAGAAGUAUUUACAACAGUCGCUGACAGCUUGAAGAGCAAGGACCAAACACGGAGUCAAAAGGUCCACUUGAUGUCCGACCAAGAGUCCAAACACAAGAUGGCGUCUUCUGAAAGGCAAAAACGCUCGAAGAAACCUCAUGACAAAGCAAAGCAUAAGAGAAAGGAGGAGAGGGGUUUUUAUGUGAACGCUCCAAAUCUAGACUGCAGCUCUGGUCAAAUCAAGUAUGUUGUUUAUGGCAAGUUCUACAUCAGUGAUCAACUUCAAGCUAACGUUCCACAUGAGGACCAUCAGUCUGCUUCUACUAACACAGUCCAGUCGCAGGGAAGCAAGGUGAGGAUGAGAGGUCAGCGGCGCGGUGGAGCAGAGGAGCUGUGGCAGAGGCUGCGACCUGAGGUCGAAUGUGGAGACAACACCAUGACCCUCACUUUUAGGAGGAGACGAGCUGCGCAGCUCCUUCUACACAGAGAAAAUGAGUCAUCUGUUCCCUUGUCCCAGCUGCCCUCUCAGUGCGGCUAUGCUGUGAAGACCACCUGGAGAGAGCUCACCCUGACAGCUCUGUACAAUGCCUGUCACGUCACGCAACAGGGUGCCAGUUAUGUUUUGGCCCUGCUGUGGAGAGGGACUCCAGUCAAGGUGUCAUGCCCGGUCGCGCCCAUCGAGCCGACAGCUAUUAGCCCAUCUUCACUCUGCUGUUCACCGUAUGGUUUGAACGUCAGACUGCCUGCUGGACAGGAGCUUCGGGUUAAAGUUGGAGGAGAAUGGACCCCCAUGUUGUUGGCUCAGCAGUGUGGCUUCACUUUAGACAGACAAAAUACAGAGGUAUUGCUAGCUGCUCCAUUCAUCACGUGUGGCAUCACAGUAAAGGAUGGACAGCACACACUUCACCUUCAAAUUGGAGAAAAUACAUUUACUUUGGCCUGUCCUGUUUUUGACCCCAAAGUGCCCCCGGUAACACACCACCCACUAGCGAGGAGCCCUCCAACAGAGACCGUAGCGUCAUUUCCGUGGGAUCCGCCUUUCUACCUAGCACCCCCUUACUACCCCCACCCAACCUAUCGUCACAAGAAUCCUGGUGCUGCUGCCCAGGAGGGACAUAUUCCUCCUGUUUUCACAUCUUCAACUCCUGAACUCACAAUGGCUGCACAGCCUCUCAUUCUUGAUGCCCCCCAGCUAGACAAUCAAGACCACUCCCAUCAGAAUUCCGUGAAGCGCUUUGGUGCUGACACUUCAGAUGAAAUUUUGCAUUCAAGUCAGGCAUAUUCAGACGUACAAGAGCAGCACCGUGACACCGAUUCACCAGUUCAGGUUGAAGCUCCCUCCUUCCAAGACCCAAACAAUGCAUUCAACCCAUACUACCACUACUACCAUCAUCCCAAAAUCCCUCAUUCUAGUCCACCUGAAGGUUCUGAUCCAGGCCUCGUGGCGGCGCCAGAGGAGCUGCUCACUGAGGCUGAGCCAACACUUUCUCAUUUACCCUCCCACGACUAUUACCCACAUAUGACUCAGGGAGACUCCGAAACAUUGCCUGAUGUCUAUGCAGAAAGUGAUGCAAAAGUAGAAUCUUCUGAUAGUUCUGGCAAAAGGAUGAUGGGCACACAUGUUUCUGCACCUCCUUGGCCUUCAGUCCAUCCAGACCAUGGCUUUCAUCCCUCUUUAGGGGAGCCAGGUAAAAUUGAAAAGGAUGUUCCCCAUCAAUUUAACUCUGGCGUGACCGAAAAGCCUCUCUUUCCUGGUGAUGAAAAUGUGGAAAUGAAUGAUCUGAAGAUCCAGUCCAUGCCUGUGACUCCUGCAGUUCUCCACCCUCCUCUUGACCCCCUGGCAUUAGAUGUUCCAACAGUUCUUAAUCUCGAACAAUCUUCAUUUCCUUUUCUCCUGCCUCUGUCUGACCAUCCUUCCCCUCAUGAAUAUCACCAUGACCUUUAUCACUCCUAUCAGACACACUACCCUAUGGGUCCUCCUUCAGCCGAAGAAAGGACAGACCUUGUAUCUCUGCAUAUACCCAAACACACGCCAUUUUAUCAACCCAACACCCCAAUCGCAGACGAGAUGUAUGACAUUCAAAAUCCUUACCUUCACCCUUACCACUUCUACUACCCUGUCGGUGACGACAUGAACCCUGGAAAAGAACCUGCCUUAUCGGAAUCUUGGCCUUUUUCAGACAUGUCAUUAGCUCAACUCAGUCGUACUGCUGAGACAAGUCCUCCUCUGCCACCACACGGUUCUUUCGAUCAUCUCUAUCCCUCUAUCAUCAGUCAGCAGCAUCUCCAUGAACCUUUUCAGCAUCCUGGUGGGGAAGGAGAAGUUGACCUUGAGGAAAGGAUUGACUGUGCAAUGGGACCACAUUUUUUCCUUGUGAUACCCGAGUCUGCGGUGCAGCCCACAGUGCCCCCGCCUGGUCCUCCGUCAGAUGUCAAUAUGUCCUGCACACUGCAGAAGAUGACUUCUGAGCCUGACAUUUACAGAGUGGUCCUGGAUGGCUGUGAUGCAAGUAACCAUGAUUCUGGCCAGGCAGUCUUGGAAUUCCAUUCUCUUCAGCAAGAUGACGAUUCUGCGUAUGAAAACACUCCUGUCAGGUUGAUGAUGGACUGUAGCUCGUCCUCAGCUUCCGUGGGUGAUUUGAGUUUCCCUGGAAUGGACCCCUCUCAGUCUGAACCUCUUCAGGAUAUGCCAACUACUGCCACUGUGCAACUGAGAAUUUCCACAGACAAGUCCUUUGGUAGCUACCAUCCUGAGGCCCACCUGCCUCUCAGCUUCCUUCAAGGAAGACAAGUAUAUGUGGAAGUAAGACUGCUGGACCCACAGGAUCCAGACCUGGUGCUGCUUGUUCACUCCUGCCUGGUUUACACUCUAGCGCCAAAUACCACAUGCCUGCUUAUAUACGACGGCUGCCCCAGCCGAGGAGGUGCACAGCUGCUUCCUUCCCCGCACGUCUACUACCCCCACCACAUCCGGAGGAUCUUGAUCUCUCACUUCCUGUUGCUACCGUUACAUACGUUACAUAGUUCUUCUCACCUGGAUGACCCAGAGGUCUACUUCUUGUGUGUGACAGAAGUGUGCUCUACUGCAGAGGGGGGCUGCGUUGUCGGCUGCAUCAACAGAACAAAGGACCUGGUCACGUGACAUGAAUACACAUUACAUCCAAAGUGCAUAUUUAUUAAGGCAGUUUAUCAAGGAAAUGAGGAAACAUAAUGUAUGAAUUCAAAUUAAACAUCAAAAAGACCACAAAAUCAUAUUUUACUUAAAACUGGGAACAUAUAACAAUGAACAUACUGUAUACCAAGGAGGAAGAUGACUACAAUAUUGUUCAAAUUUACUUCAAAAUACAUCAAUUUUUGACUUGCGUCUGCAACCCACUUUUGGGUGCCAACGCACCAGUUGAGAACCACUGCUUUUACAGUAUACAAAUAUUUGUUCUGUUUUAGAAAAUAUGCUUCUUAAGUACGUCAUAAACACAUUUUUCUAAAGAGCAUAGAUGUUCUGAAGCUUUGAAUGUUCUUGAAUAAAAAUCCAAUCACAGUAUAACAAAGUGGAAUAUUUUUUUUAAAAACAAAAAGCAUGCUAUUAGCGUGCAA